AUGGAGAGCCUCUACGCCAAACUCAGGGCGAUGGGCAUAACAUUUAAAGAGUAUUAUCACAUGCCUGUACCAACCUCUAAAGAUGCUGUAAAUUAUCUGCCUCCGGAACUUUUUGAUGGUUUCUUAAAGAAUCUAUGUCUAAGAGAUUCGUCAAAAAGAGCCUACCUAGUGUCAACGCUAUGGGACACAAAAAUUGAUAUUAAAAGUUUGUCUAAAAUUUUAAAGGCGCCCAAACUCAGGUUUGCCGAGAUAGACUAUUUGACAAAUUCCCUGGGCACUAUCCCUGGAUCAUUAUCCCCCUUAUCCCUGAUGAAUGACACAAAUAAUGAAGUUCAAAUGGUUUUUGAUGAAGCGAUUAAAGAUAAGACUGAGAUUGUUGUACAUCCUUUUUGCUGUGACAGAACCAUUAAGCUAACAAUGAAUGAUAUGAUGAAAUUUUUAAGUGAUUGUGGUCAUGAGCCAAUAUUUGUUAAUGUAAUGCCUAUGAAAAAUAAGAAAUCUGAAAAUAAAUCAAAUGAUGAAAAUAACUGUGGGUUGGGAAUUAAUUGUAAAAAGAGUGAAAACUUUGCUGAAUGGUACACACAAGUAAUCACCCGCAGUGACUUAAUUGAAUAUUAUGAUGUGUCUGGGUGCUACAUUCUUAGACCUAAUAGUUACUACAUUUGGGAAAACUUCCAAUCCUACUUUAACCAAUACCUACAAAAGUACGGUGUUGAAAAUUGCUAUUUCCCAUUGUUUGUGAGUAAAGAAAGGUUGGAAGCAGAGAAAACACAUUUGGAGGGGUUUUCGCCAGAAGUAGCUUGGGUUACAAAGUCCGGGAGUUCUGAUUUGGUAGAACCAAUAGCUCUUAGGCCAUCGAGUGAGACGAUCAUGUAUGGUUACUAUGCCAAGUGGAUUAGGUCCUAUCGCAACCUGCCCCUCAAACUUAAUCAGUGGAAUUCAGUUGUGCGGUGGGAAUUCAAACAACCUACUCCCUUCAUCCGAAGCCGCGAAUUUUUGUGGCAAGAAGGACAUACGGCCCAUCGUAACCAAUGCGAAGCAAUGGAAAUGGUUUACAAGAUGUUAGACGUUUACAAGGAGUACUAUGAACAAAUAUUGGCAGUACCAGUGAUAAAGGGCAUAAAGUCUGAGGGUGAGAAAUUUUGCGGCGCUGAUCUCACUAGCACAAUCGAAGCUUUUAUCCAAGAAAGUGGUAGGGGGAUACAGGCGGCUACAUCUCACUACCUAGGGGUAAACUUUUCAAGGAUUUUUGACAUAUAUUAUGAAGAUGAGAAUUUGAAGCGACAACUUUGUCAUCAAACAUCUUGGGGAUUUACCACACGGGCACUAGGUAUCAUGGUAAUGAUACACAGUGAUGAUAAUGGACUAGUGUUGCCACCAAAGGUGGCCAAAAUUCAACUAGUGAUAGUACCAAUCCUCUUUAACAAUGCUGAGAAAGUUUUACAAGUGGCCAGGCAGUUGCAUAAUAAAUUAAAUGAGUGUUUUAGAUGCGUGUUGGAUGAUAGGGACAACUACACUCCCGGAUGGAAGUUCAACGACUGGGAAUUAAAGGGGGUUCCACUUAGAAUUGAAGUAGGGCCCAAAGAUGUGGAAUCUAAUACGGUUAGAAUUGUACAUCGAGAUAAUGGAAAUAAGGAAAAUGUUCCAAUUGACGACAUUGUCACAAUUGUAAAUCAGAGGUUGUGUGAUAUGCAAAAGAGACUGUUUCAAAAGGCGAAAGAGAAGCUAGAUUCCAGUAUCGUGAAGGUGUACGAAUUUAAAGAGAUAAUUCCAAAUAUUCUGAAUAACAAGUUGGUAAUGGUUCCAUGGAGUGAGGAAGUUGAUAGUGAGGAAUUAAUCAAGAAGAAGGCACAAGAAUUAUUAGCAGUUGAGUCUAAUUUGGGUGGAAUAAAGCCCUUAUGCAUACCCCUAGAACAACCAGAGCUACCAAGUGGCACCAAGUGUUUUUUCACUGAGAAAUUGGCCAAGAGGUGGUCUAUUUGGGGCAGGAGUUAUUGA